UUUUUUUUUGAAAAUUUCCCCCAAAAAAUACCCUCAAUUUUUUCUUUUUGUAAUUCUGUCCAUUUCCAUUCAAAGGCUAUUUGUUGUGUUUUUUCAUUAAUUGUUUUGUUUGGGGAUGAUUCAAUAGAGGAGGAGGUGAUAGAACAGGAAGGGGAUGAUUCAGCUGAGCAAAAGGCUGAAUCUUCUUCUUCGUCUAAUGAAGCUGUUGAAAAGCCUAAAUUUUAAGGAAAGUUUGGUUAUGGGCAUUUUUGGGUUACUUUUCCGUAGACGUCCAACAAUAGACAAAGGAGAUGAUGAAGGCACUGAAGGUCGUCGAGACAAUUGUGUAAGCCCUUGUGGAAGAAAACGUUUAGUUGCUGCGGCAGCCCUUUGUCGUCUAAUAACUAAAUUUUGCACUGAACCAUGAUUGUGGUGGGAAUUAUUUUUAUUUCCGGAAAUCGACCGGAAACUUUGUGUAUAAUAAUUAUUGUUGUUAUUUUUCUGUUUCUUUAAUCCGUUUUCUUUUCCGGUUUCUUCUCCCUUUUUCUCUUUGUUGUUGUA